CGGAAGGAGGAGCCCGGCCCGCUGUGUAUCGCCGCCCCCAAGAUGGCGGCGGCGGCGGCGGCGCUGCUGCUGCUGCGGCGGCGGGCGGGCGGCGGUGGCGGAGGGGCCGCGGCGGUGUGGCGGGCCCAGCGCCGCCAGCGCAGCACUUUCGACGUGGCGGUGGUGGGAGCGGGAAUCGUGGGGCUGGCCUCCGCCCGGGAGCUCGUCCGGCGGCACCCCUCGCUCACCUUCGCCGUGCUGGAGAAGGAGAAGGAGCUAGCUCAUCACCAGAGUGGACAUAACAGUGGUGUGAUUCACAGCGGAAUUUACUACACACCUGGAUCUCUGAAAGCUAAGCUGUGUGUGCAGGGUGCAGCCCUCUGCUACGAGUACUGUGACCAGAAGGGAAUACCAUAUAAACAGUGUGGGAAGCUAAUUGUAGCCAUUGAACAAGAUGAAAUUCCAAGACUCAAAGCUCUGUAUGAAAGAGGGCUGCAGAACAACGUCCGAGGUCUGAAACUGAUUGGAGCAAAAGAAAUACAAGCGAAAGAACCCUUCUGCAGGGGUCUGAUGGCCCUUGAUUCUCCAUAUACCGGCAUUGUGAAUUAUAAACAAGUGGCCCAGUCCUAUGCUGAAGACUUCCAGGAAGCAGGUGGGACGAUCUUGACUGAUUUUGAAGUUACAAACAUGGAGAUGGCUAAAGAAAGUUCUUCAGAAAGUGCAGAUGGACUAAAAUACCCAGUCAUUGUUAGGAACUCAAAGGGUGAGGAAAUCUACUGUCGGCACAUUGUGACCUGUGCAGGACUUUACUCAGACCGCCUGUCUGAGAUCAGUGGCUGCAGCCCUGAACCUCGUAUUGUACCCUUCCGUGGAGAUUAUUUGGUGCUAAAACCAGAAAAGUGCUAUAUGGUUAAAGGAAAUAUUUAUCCGGUUCCCAAUCCUCGGUUCCCUUUUCUGGGAUUUCAUUUCACGCCAAGAAUGGAUGGCAGUGUUUGGCUUGGUCCUAAUGCAGUACUAGCCUUUAAGCGAGAGGGCUACAAAUUGUUUGACUUCAGCACUGGAGACUUUUUAGAUGCUGUAACGUACAGUGGGUUAUGGAAGCUUGUGCUGAGAAACUUGUCUUAUGGACUGAGUGAAAUGUACAGAGCCUGUUUCCUUAGCGCACAGGUGAAGCAACUUCAGAAGUUCAUCCCUGAGGUCACCAUCAAUGAUGUACUGAGGGGUCCAUCUGGAGUGAGAGCUCAAGCAUUGGACAGUGAUGGAAAUUUGGUAGAUGACUUUGUAUUUGAUGGAGGCAGUGGAGAUAUUGGAAGCAGAAUUCUUCACGUCAGAAAUGCCCCUUCUCCUGCUGCUACCUCCUCCCUUGCCAUCGCAAAAAUGAUUGCAGAUGAAGUGAAGCAAAGAUUUGAAUUGUGAAUGAUGGACAGGCGUAGUGUGGUUUUACUCCUCUUGUAUCUGUAGCAGCUUGUCUGUGUUGAGUGAACUCUGCAGCCUUUAAUGACAAAGAUAAAACAGGCAACAUGUUGCUUGCAAGACCAGCGUUGGUAUAGCUGUGCAGUGGAAAACCAGCAUUUGAAACGUUUGCCUUUGCCAGCCCACAACUUCUCAGCUUCACGAAUAAAGGAGUUUCAGUGCCUGGUAAGACCUGGUGCAGUACAGCCAUCUGCAAGAAAGAAGCAAACAGCCUUGUUUGCAGUAAAGGUUUGUCCACCUGAGCAGGAACAGCCUGUGGAGGGGCUGGUGCCAGGCACAACGUGAGGGUCUCCCAGGACCAUCGUGGGCCUUUAGGUGGAGCAGGAAGAGCCUCUGUGGUGGGGUUGCCCACACGGACUUCCCAUGCCUUUGGUCUAAAUGUUGCCUCCUCCUCGCACUCUGGAGAGGUGGUCGGUCCUCUGAGAAAAACACAAGCAUGGGGUGGUUCUCUGUGUGCUUUCUCUCUGACUCCCUUUAAAUGGGAGUCUACAGUCCCCUAGCUUACAUUGAAGUAAUGGAGAUGGAAGGGUAAGCCCUGCUUAAGGGUUCUGCCGAUACGGAAUUAAGGGCUUUAUCAGAGACUGAAAACAAUAUUCAGAGUCUUUUACAUGAAUGUAGAGUAUUUCAGAGAAAAUUAAGGCUAACAAGGGAUUACCAAAUCCAAGUCAAUUUAGAUAUGCAAUUCAGAUACGCUGUCUAUCUGAUUGCUGUCUCUAUUUUUUUAUAGAGCUGAAGUAAAAAUGUAUACAUAAACAAUCAUUUUUCAUUUAACUUAAAUCUGGGAAGUCAGCACUGAUCAGAAACUACUCCAGUGGUUUUGGGUUUUGGUGUUUUUUUCCUUUGAAUACUGGUAAUGCAAAUGGAGCUUAUCUUUGUACAGCAUGUUGAGCAAUCCAGUGGAAAUGGUCUUUGUAAAAGCAAAUGUGAAGGGAGGGAAGCUACAGAAACCUGUCUUAAUUGAGUCAUGUUGCAUACUGCUUCCCUUGGAGCCCAAACACCAAUGAGUCAGGAAGGCUUCCCAUUUCCCACAUGGCUGGCAAGAGGGGAGCUUGGAAAGUGCUGGUUACUCUUCUGAACUCUUACUGAUAUUUGAAGUUCUAUCAGAGGUGCACCUGGAAGAGAGUCUGUGUGGAGAACAUGCUUUAAACUAGAGAGAGAUGUUAAACAAGUUUGGUACUAAGCUAAGUGAGUAUCUUGGUGUGUUCUGCAUAAUUGCUACAAAAAAGAAUUAUGUGGCCCCAGGGACAAAGUACUUGAGAAUACUUUUAAAGCAGAUGUUCACAGGAUGUUGGGUAAUACAGAUAAUUGUGGGUAGUUUGCUACCAGGCAAUUUGCCAUACUUUUUUUUUUUUUAAGGUUACUUUCUUUACUCCCCUGACAUGCAUGAGGGAGUGUGUUAACAUAGGAGGUCAGGUGUGCUAGCUGAUGUUUUUACUGUACAGAGCUGAGCCACUUUUGAGAAAGAAAGGGCUUAUCCUCUCGGGGGGGUUGUUUGUUUGUUUGUUUGUUUUUCCUGGUGACAUCUACUUUACCAGAAAGGUGACUCCUGUAUAAGGACAACCUGGAAAUUCAAACAAUAAGCCCUUCAAAGAAAAACUUUGGUCAUUUUUCUUAGCCACAAUAACACUAGACAGUUGUUCAGAUAUUCCAAAUGCUAAAAUGCCAUACAGCUCUGUAAAAGUUGUAUCUUCACAAUGGAACAAUCGUAUCUUCAUUCCCCACCAGAACUGUUGCCUAUCAACAGUAAAUACUACAAAAAGAUUGCAAAAGCAACUUCCUCCCACUCAAGGUGUGGCCCUGACAUGUAUUAACAGAAUAAAGAACAUUAAAAUGUAAAGCAGUCAUAUACUAUGGUGAAUCUUAAGUCAGCACAUUCAACUGUGCAGCCUGCUGUGCUUUUUACUCUCAGGAGUUGAUUACUUUGGGGUAGAGUUUAAAUGAAGAUUUUAAAUUAUGAGUCCUUAUGUAGGAAUCUGUGAAAUAUUUAUAUUUUUAGAGAUAAAGUUGUAAACAUUUUUUAAAGGAAUAACUUCAGAGAAUUAUGAUAAUGGGGUUUCAGACAUAAAUCUUGUUGCCCACAAAGUGUGAAAAUGUACGAAUAUAUUUUCCAAAGGGUCUAAUUCACUUGGAUGGCUUGAUAACUGUGCCUUUCUCUGUUAUGAUUAAAAUAGUGUGGUGUUUUUUUUUUAAUUGCUGUGAGGUCUGUGUAUUUCUCCUGACUUACAGAAAAGUUUCACUGUUAUUUGCUAAUUCUCAUCUGAAUUAGGCAGGAUAUAGCUCUAUAUAAUAGGAAUUACUUUAUUGGGGGUGGGGGGAUCACACAUGACCAAACUUGUCUUCCUGAAGUACCUGUAUCUUAUCUGUGCUUAUCACACUUCAAGCUUUUUUUUCACACCUGUAUGUAUGCAGUGGACAGAACUAGUCUUAAGCCUGAUCUGGACCUGUACUGGCAUGUGGAAUGGUAAUUCUUCAAAUUUUGAAUAAAUGCAUUAGGACAGC